GCGUAGCAGCAAUGGUGCCUUCCUCUCCCCCAUAAAGCCCCAGCCUGCCUGCGCUUCUUGGCGUGUUCUUGGGCUUUCCUCGUACGGACGGACGCAGCCAUGGAGGAGUACGCGUACGAGUACGACAACGAGUUCGACCUCGAGAACCCAUUCACCAGCCCCGCCGACGAGCCGAUCGCCAGCCUCCUCGACGCCGAGGGCCACCACUCGCCCUCCGUGUCCGCCGCCGCCUCCGCCGCCCGCCGCGACGCCGCCGGAUUCAUCUCCAAGGUGCGCUACGACGGCGAGCUCGCCGCGCACCCGCGGGUCGCCUACCUCGCUCUCAACUACGUGGAUCGGUUCCUCUCCAAGCGCCAAUUGCCGUUCGAGCACAAGACGUGGGCGCCGCGGCUGCUCGCCAUCAGCUGCCUCUCCGUCGCCGCCAAGAUGCAGCGCGCCGCCGCGAUCUCCGUCGCCGACAUCCAGAGGGACGAGGAGUUCAUGUUCGACGCGGCGACGAUCCGGCGCAUGGAGCGGGUGGUGCUGGGCGCGCUGGAGUGGCGCGCGCGGUCCGUGACGCCGCUCGCGUUCCUCGGCUUCUUCCUCUCAGCGUGCUUCCCGCCGCCGCGGAGCCCGCCCCUGCUCGACGCCGUCAGGAACCGCGCCGUCGACCUCCUCAUCCGCGCCCAGCCCGAGGUGAAGAUGGCCGAGUACCCGGCGUCCGUGGUGGCCGCGUCAGCGCUGCUCGCCGCCGCCGGAGAGGUCGCCGGCGCCCACCUCCCCGCCUUCCACGCCGCCGUGGCCGCCUGCCCCUUUGUAAAUAGCGAGAAGCUACGGGAGUGCGGCGAGGCGAUGGCGGCGGCGUGCGGCAUUGGCAUCGGGACGGCGGUGACGGCGAGCGGUGACACGCCGGUGACGGUGCUGGGGCACGGCCACUACCGGAGCGCGAGCUCGGAGAGCGACCGGACGGUGGGAUCGGUGGCCGAUGCGAAGAAGCGGUGCAUGGGGCCGCCCUCCCGGUGGGGGUAGGCGCGGCGUGCGGCGGCAGGAUGAUGGCUCGACGGGGCGUCAGUGACAGCUGGAAGAGUCAAGGAUUCACUCUUCUUUUUUCUUCCCGAAUUUUUCUUCUAUUUUAGUCUUCUCGAGGUAAAGCGGGGACGCAGAUUGGAGAAGAGAACCGGUGGUGGUAGCUGUCGUUUAUUUUAUUUUUAUGGUGAUUUUUUUUUUGUUCGUUUCGUGGGUGGUGGCCUAGCGCUAGUAGGAGUGAUUUUUGCGGCAGGGGUAGAUGCUAGAG